AUGACCAGUCAGAUUGAAGACCUGCAGAAGGAGGCUAAGCAGAGAAGGAUUGAGUCAAACCGGGCGCGCAGACAGUUUUUGUUGGAGUUACGGCAAGCUCAAGACGCGAAAGAUCAGGAGCUCAACGCUCUGAGAGAAUUGAUUGUGGACAAUGCCACAAAGAACACGUCGACUGCCGAAGUCGAGACGCAGACUGACGUUAGUCCUGAGCUGCUCCAGCUGCAGCUGAGUGCGGCCAGAGACAAGUACUUGAUCCGAACACCGUCCGAAGAGACCACUACGAGAAGUGCCGAGCAGGAGGGUCUUCGUGAGCAGCUCAAACGAGCUCAAGAAGAACUCAAGGUUCGAGAUGAACAGAUCCAGGCGCUGCAGAAAGCCAAGGAUCAGACCGUAAUUGAGGUCAAAGAUCAGUUAGAAGUCGCCACAACCAGAAUGAGGCGUUUAAGGGGUUUGGUGCGAGAGCAAGAGGCGCAGUGGAAGUAG